UCUAGUCAAUUCGUUUCAAUACAAAUUUUCCCCUUGAAUGCAAUGGAGUAGCAGAAGAGUUAAAGGAAGGUCUUUGACCAAAUCAAACUCGAAGCUUUUGGGUAAAUCUUCCUUCACAAUUCUUCUUCACUAUGUUUCUGUUACUUCAAUGGUAUGUUAAUCUUGUUUCCCGUUGUUUUCCGCUACCUUCAAUGCAUCUUCUCUGUGCUAAAAAUUAUGCUCAGUUUCUGUUGCUCAUGUUUGGGAUGCCCUAUCAAUCUCGCCCCCCUCCACUCUAUGUCCCAAUUUUUUGUUUUGCUCCUGCUGUUGUCCACAAUUUAUUUUUGAGGAAAUGUGGGAAACCGUUUCCGAAUCCCAUCUAAUUGACGAAAGACAGGUUUACUGGGUUAUCCUUUUCGAAACUACAGUGUUGAAUUUAUUUGUUGUUCCAGUGAAGAACUGAAGAUAAUGAAAUAGAUAACAAGAGUAGUGUGAAAAUGCUUUUUUUUUUGCAAAAUCAUCAUAGAUUUCUUGGUUCCAAGCUGCUUAAUUGCGUACAUAUGUUAGUUCUUUGUUAAAGGAUCGUAGUUUUGGAGUGGCAUGAUUUUCUGAUAUGGAUUCGGUCGUACGAACUAUUUUUAUCUGUUUCAUGCUAUUCAGUUCAGGAUGCAAAGCGCAAAGACAGCGAUGUGGAUUCGAAGGAUAUAUAUGAAUGAUUGUCAGUGAAGCUAUGAGUUGUUGCUAUUGAUGAAGCUUUAACUACUAGAUUUUGCAGCUCCUUAGCUUAAAAUUAGAUAUAUUGUGAAAGGUACAACCUUUGGGACGGUUGAGUAUAAUUUUGUAUACUAGCUGUUUUAGCCCAUUAACUUCUAAAGAGGUUUUGGAGCAUGAGUCAGGUUUCCAGCGGGAGUGAUUUAGAUUUAGACAUUGACUUGGAGAGUGGAGGAACAAGAAGUGAGGAGGAUGUGAGCAGAAAUUUGGGCUGUGGUUAUACGAAUUCAAAAAGGCUGUUGGGUAGGGUCAGGAGUGGGUUAAUUAGUUCUGAUUCACUAAGUGAAUGUGCAAGUGACGAAGACUGUUCGUGUUCACAAUAUGACAAAAUAAUAAGUUCUGAUGAAAUUCCUGCCAUGAACAAGGAACAGUUGGGGAGAUAUGCACAGGUUGGGCUUAAGAAGGGAGAUGAUGAAAAGCCUAAGAAGCAGAAGAAUUCUACUAAGCCAUCAAAGCCUCCUCGUCCCCCUAGGGGUCCUUUAUUGGAUGCUUCUGACUUGAAGUUGUUGAAGGAAAUUACUGAGCUCAAGUUGAAACAUAGAACGAUUGAAAGAAGUAGGACUAUGAGGAAAGUAAAAAAGGAGAAGGCAUCAUCAUUGAAAACUAAUGUUCUUGCAUGCUUGGUGACUGUGGCCUUUUUACUGGUUAUCAUCUUUGAAGGCUGCAGCAUAGUUAUGCCAUAGCUUAAAAAGUUCAGAGAGUAAUGAGGGUGGCAUUAGAGACCGGUGUGGUGCCUCCAAAGAGCUAACUUUUUAUUUGUUUUUUUGCCUUUUCAUUCCUUCUCUCUCACUCUUUUAGUUGAAGUCAGCACACCACAAAGCACAAUCUAGAGACUUUUGUUGUACUCCAUCAUUGUACAAAUUGGGAUCUUCCUCCUAACACUUAUUGAUGGACUGACUCUUCACAUGUGUCUACCUUCUCUAUCUUUCAUGUGUUUUGAGUUCA